AUUCGUUUUGUACGUUGUUAGACUCUCUCGCCGCGUUUUGGAAUUCAGUCGACAAUCGACGAUAAUUACCGGUGGUUGUAUCACAUCACAUCACGCGCAGCAGCAGCAGCACUACGAACGAAAGAAGAAGAAGCAGAAGAGCCAGCCGCAGUGGCAGCAGAGAAACUCGCUCGUUUUCGGAUCUAUAUAUAUAUAUGCAUAUAUAGAGGGAUAUAUAUAUAUAUUUGCACGCAGCAUUGGCGAAUUUUCGGCCGCGUUUAAUUUGUUUGUGUUUUUUCCGUGUUCUCCUCCGCGUGCUCGCAAUUACGUGCGCGGCAGAAAAAGACUAUAAUUAUAAAACUAAAGUGAAAAGCGUGCCAUAAUUACACGAACGAAUAUCAAUAAGUGCAAGAGCAAUGUGCGAAAAUUGCUAACGAACGCAGUAGCAACCAGGAGCAGCAAAACGCAGCAGCAAUCGCAGCAGUAGGAUCCAAACAAAUCUCGGCGCAACAUUCAAAUCGCAAGCGUUUUCAACAUGAUCGAUGCGGCCUGCAAUUACUUAAAUCCCUAUGCGCAACAGCAUCAGGCGCAGCAGCAGCAACACGCGCAACAGCAGCAACACGCGCAACAGCAGCAACAUCAUCUGCACAUGCAGCAUGCGCAACAUCAUCUGCACUUGUCCCAUCAGCAGGCGCAACAGCAGCACAUGCAACACUUGACACAGCAACAGCAGCAGCAGCAGCAACAACAACAGCAGCAGCAGCAACAGCAGCAGCAGCAACAACAACAGCCGCAACAGCAGCAACAUGACUUCCUCAGCGCCGCCACCCUGCUGUCCGCCCCCCCAUCCCUCUCCGGCUCGAGUUCCGGCUCCAGCUCCGGCAGUUCUCCGCUGUAUGGAAAGCCGCCAAUGAAGCUGGAACUGCCGUAUCCACAGGCCUCAUCCACGGGCACUGCAUCGCCCAACUCCAGCAUACAAUCGGCGCCAUCAUCGGCCUCCGUGUCGCCCAGCAUCUUCCCAUCACCUGCCCAGUCAUUCGCCUCCAUUUCGGCCAGUCCAUCCACGCCCACCACGACCUUGGCGCCACCUACAACGGCGGCAGCGGGCGCCCUAGCGGGAUCACCCACAUCCUCCUCACCAUCCUCGUCAGCUGCAUCGGCUGCAGCGGCGGCGGCAGCAGCUGCGGCGGCAGCAGCGGACCUUGGAGCAGCGGCGGUCGCCAGUGCCGCCUACGGCUGGAAUACCGCCUACUCCGGAUUGGGGCCACCGAGAAGUCAGUUCCCAUAUGCCCAGUACGCCUCCGAUUACUACGGCAAUGCGGUGGGCAUGUCCUCUUCGGCCGCUUGGUUCUCGCAUCAGGAGCGCCUCUAUCAGCCAUGGAGUUCACAGAGCUAUCCGGGCUUCAACUUCGAUGACAUCGCCUUCCAGACGCAAUUGCAACGCCGCUCCGUUCGCUGCACGUGCCCCAAUUGCACCAACGAGAUGAGCGGCCUGCCACCGAUUGUGGGUCCGGAUGAGCGCGGACGCAAGCAGCACAUCUGCCACAUUCCGGGCUGCGAACGGCUAUACGGCAAGGCGUCGCAUCUGAAGACCCACCUGCGCUGGCACACCGGCGAGCGGCCCUUCCUGUGCCUCACGUGCGGCAAGCGUUUCUCCCGAUCGGAUGAGCUGCAGCGGCACGGACGUACGCACACCAAUUACCGCCCGUAUGCCUGCCCCAUUUGCUCCAAGAAGUUCUCGCGCAGCGAUCACCUCAGCAAGCACAAGAAGACCCAUUUCAAGGACAAGAAGAGCAAGAAGGUACUGGCCGCCGAGGCCAAGGAGCAGGCGGCUGCGGCGAUAAAGCUGGAGAAGAAGGAGAAGAAGUCGGGUAAGCCACUGACGCCACCCGUGGAAUUCAAGCAGGAGCAGCCGGAUACGACACCGCUGGUCAACUAUGCGCCCUAUGCCAAUCUCUACCAGCAUUCCACAUCCGCGGGAUCGAGUGUGAAUCCUCCGCCGCCACCGCCGCCGCUCUUCCAGCAGCAGAUGACAACGACAACAUCGUCGGCGGCCAGCUUUGUGGAGCAGCCCUGGAGCAGUAGCAGCAGCCGUUCCAUACAACCAGCCACUACCUCAGCCAGUUCAUCCUCAUCAUCCAGCGCCAGUUCCCCAGCGGCAGCGGUCGUUUCUGCCAUCGGAUCUGCAUCUUCCCCAGCCGCAUCAGCCACGGCGCUGGCCCAGCAUCAUUAUGCCGCGCUGGCCAUGCAAAGUGAGUCCCAGCUGGCGGCGGAGUAUGGGCUAACCAUGAGCGGAUUGGCCAGCGGAGCUAGCCAGGAUUCCAGCUCCAGUUGCCACAUGAAGUCCGAGUAUGCGGCCAGUUAUCCGGCUGAUUUUGGUGCGGGAACAGCCAGUUACGGCUAUCCGCAUCCACAUCCGCACCAUCACAAUGCGUGGGCAGCGGCCUAUCAUCCACAUGCCACCGCCUAGGAUGCCCCUGAUCCUUCCCAAAUUGUUACAGUUGAAAGUUGAUGAAACAAAUGCCAUAAUGUCCCAAAACCCAGAAAGGCAACAAAGCAAGCGUAGAACGAAAAUCUAGUGUGUGUUUUUUUUCAGUGUUUAUUGUUGAUAUAAAAUUGUGAAAAUCGAAAAAAAAUGUGAAUUCACAAAAUACCGUAUAAGGCAUUAUAUAAUAUUAUAUAAAUAUAUAUAUAUAUACAUACACAUAUAUUAACUAUACAUGUAGAGACUAGAACUUGAAUUUUUUUCAUUUUUUUUCCCCAAUCUAGUAGCUAAGGCAUUUUUUUUUGCAUGUCUGUACAUACAAACAUAUAUAGCGUUCUUUUUAAGCCAUACCAUAUAGAAUGAGAGAAACCAUCUAGUUGUGUACCAUAAUAAUUGUUAAUUGUCUUUAAGAUAAAUUAUAUACAACAACAAAAAGAGAAAAAUCCAAGGCGACAAAAUCCCCACACUGAAAUCCUAUCAAUAAAAAAAAACGAACAAAAUAAUAUCGGAAAACAAA